AUCUGUCAGUCCUGUCCUGAAAAAGAAAACUGGCUUGUGUCAAACAAAAAGUAAAAAAAGAGCGAACCAAAAAGAAAGCUUUUCAAGUGAAAUUUCUCAACAAUUUUUCUGUUAUAGUCCCUCAAAUCGAAGUAGAAGAAUAAAUUUAUUUCCGCUAUUGUUUAAAAGAUUUCUCAAACAAUUCCAAACUAACGCAAAAAUGGCACAAAAUAUCAGCCCGGACCAUACUCAUUCGUCCAAUUUGAAACAUAAUGACGACUCGGUUACAAUAAAAGAUAAUCACGCAGUCAGCAAGAGGUUACAAAAGGAACUAAUGAAUCUGAUGAUGUCCGCUGAGAAAGGUAUAUCGGCCUUCCCCGACGGCGAAAACAUCUUCAAAUGGAUUGGCACCAUAACGGGCGCUGACACAACCGUUUACAGCGGACAAAAGUAUCGUCUUUCGCUAGAAUUCCCCAACUCCUAUCCGUAUGCACCACCCGUUGUUAAAUUCCUCACUCCAUGCUAUCAUCCCAACGUGGAUCUAUCCGGAUCCAUCUGCCUCGACAUUCUCAAGGAUAAGUGGUCGGCCCUCUACGAUGUACGGACUAUUCUGCUAUCCAUUCAGUCGCUACUCGGUGAGCCGAACAACGACAGUCCGCUCAAUGCCCAGGCCUCGAUGAUGUGGACAAACCAAGUGGAAUACAAAAAGUACUUAGACUCGUUCUAUGAGAAGCACAAAGAUACAUAAUUCAAGCGGCUGCCCCUUGCCCCCAUCCAUCACCACCUUAAUUGUAGCAAAAUAUUCCCACACAAUACAAAUAUUUAUAUUUAUUAUUUUUUAAGGUUUUCAUUUCGAUAGUGUACCUACAUCCUGGCCCGGGCGCCGCUUUUAAUACAAACAUAUAUUUUUAAAUUUUGUUAACAAAUCGACUUUGUUCUUCGGGAGCAGUCGAAGUAUUUUAUGGUCAAAUUUAUUUUUCAUGUCACUUUUUCAUUUCGUUCUUUAUUUCUUUUAUUCGGAACAUUCAUCUUGUGUUUUUUUUUAGGCUCUUCGAUGAUAUUUACAAAAAUCUCAAAUAAAUAAAAUUUUCAAAAGUAUUUUUGUUAAAACUUAAAUUAAUUUUCCAUCAAAAACUGUUUUAGCAAAUUGUUUUUUGUUUUCUUUUUUUAAAGUCUUCUUUUAAUUAGGUAUUCUUAUUUUUUUUAUAAUUAAGAAGACUUGAGAUUAUUUUUGUUUGUUUUAUGUCUUUUUAAGUUCGAAAUUUAUGUAUUUCUCCUUUAACUUGAAUCACCCAAAUUCGAAAUAUACAAGGAUUUUAUUUAGAAGAAUCAAACAAAAUAUAUUAAAAAGGAAAAAUAAGAAAAAAAGUAGUUUUAAAAUGCAUAAAACAUUGGAAAUAUGGUCGACAGAAAUAUAUAGAAAACCAAAUCAAAUUUAAAAUGUAAAAAAUAAUUCAACAAAUAAAAUUUAAGUUAAAUAAAUGUU